AUGGAGCAAAAGAAGCUUAUCGAAGCGAAGAUGCUUGUUUUACAGGCCUGCACGCUUCUUAGGAGCUACUCCGGCUUUACCGAAGCACCACCCGCCUCUCUAGAGGAGAUCCAAACGUGUUUGCUAAAGUUGCUGCCCUGCCUUUCCAUUCUGAACUCCUUUGAUUCCGUAUCAACCUCAUUGAGCUCCGAAAAGCGCGCGCGGGGGAUUCUUGAGCUGAAGCUCCGUACCGGAAUCUACCGCAUCCUUGGCGUUGCGCUCGCGCGGAUUGUCGAGUACAACGGCCCCUCCCACUCGCCACGUCACGCGACGGAAGAGGCUCCCCUGGAGGGACAUCCCACCCCAUCCAGUGGCGCCGAGGGCAAUCCCUGCCAGGCCCGUGGCCCCGUGUCAGGGCCAACUACGGCCACCCCUAGCGGAACCACCGAGGAGGGGGGGGAGGUCCCGCCGGCCCAUCACAGCCCCCCCCUUUGUUACAGCGGCGCGGACCCCCCUUUGGCUCCGGCAAGUCCCCCCUCAGCCCCACAGACGACCUGCGCCUGGACGGAUAUCUGCGGCUGCGAGGAGGCGAUUCUCGCGCUGAGACAGGCCACACUGCUGCCGAGACGCUUCCCGGGGCUCUUUAUGGGGCCCCGCCGGGCCUGGCGGCGGGUGCUGCUCUAUGGCCCGCCAGGGACGGGCAAGACGCUGCUCGCUAACACCACCGCCCAGGAGGUGAAUGCCCCCUUAAUCUGCAUAUCCCCCGCGGAUUUGCUAAGCCGAUGGGUCGGGGAAAGCGAAAAGCAGGUUCGUGCGGUCUUCGCGCGCGCGGCGAGCCGAGAGCGGUGUGUGCUCUUCUUCGAUGAGGUGGACGCAUUAGGGGGGAUACGCGGCGGGGUGGGUGAGACCGAACUCGCGCGGCGCCUUAAAACGGAGCUGCUUUUACAGCUUCAGGGGCUCCCGCCGUCGGUGGUGCUGCUAGCGGCGACUAACCUCCCCUGGGAAGUAGAUUCCGCGAUUUUACGUCGCUUUGACCGCCUCAUUUACGUAGGACUUCCGCCACGAGAGGUUCGACGGCGGGUUCUCUUCCGCCAGCUCGAUGGCAUUCAUCAUAACCUCACUUUUGUGGAGGUAGAAGAGGUGCUCGACCAGACGGCGGGCUACUCCGUUUCCGAUACAAUGCACCUCCUCUCACAAGCGAUGAUGGGGGCCGUCGAGGAUCUCGUCGACGCCGAUGCCUACCGAUUAGCUACCCAUGAGGAUAUUGAGGAGUACUUCUCUGUGAAGGCCUCCCAAGCGAGGGGUUUGAAUGAAAAUAAAAAUAUUUCGAAGCACUCUAAGCGACAGCGACCGCAGCGUAGAGCUCAAUCCGAUGCCUGCUCGCCCACGUCUUCGUACGAUUGUAGCCUCUCAACCUCCACCAGCCCUGCCGCCUUUUCCUCCUCAGCUACGGAAAGCGUUAUUGAGGGCUUUACUCCCUUAAGAAGCUUAGCAAAACCAAAAACUAAAAGCAAACCCCUCCAUUCCAAGGAUUUUUCGAUUGUUGUCUUGCCUCGUUCGCAUCCUCCUCGACGAGUGCAAGCGGCGGCAUACGGCUCGGUAAGGUUGUGCAAGGAGGCCUCCUCGGCUGCUCCCGAACGGCAUCUCAAAAACCCAACACUCCCCCCUCCUCCCCACGGAAAAAAUAAAUAUCGAAAAAACGACUGUAAAAAAACAAUAACAACUAUCACGAACGCUUCAGAAACGACAGGAAAUUGUUUAAUGCAAAGCCAUGGAUUUGAUAACAGAGAAGGCGAUACUCCUACGGCUCCUGCUAUGUAUUACAUUCCUUGCAAGUCCUCUCAUCCGAACGCGCUGCCUGAUCUGCCGUCGUCGUUUACAAUUCCACCGGAGUUCAUCAUUCUCCCUCCCGUACGCUUUACGGAUAUCCUAAAAGCAAUGAAAAGUUUUAUCCCAAGCGUCACCGCAGAAGAUUUGAAACGAUUCGAGGCCUGGCGUACGCGACAUGACUCCUCAACGUUAUCGUAA